CUCCCCGCCCGCCCGUUGCGCAGCGGGCGGCGGCGACAACGCGGGCGCGCACGGGGGCGGGGGGCACGCUGUGGGCCGGGGGAGCGCCCGCCUCCUGCGGCUGCCCUCGGCACCGCACUAUCCGCGCCGGCCGCGGAAACCGCCCCGAAAGAGAAGGAGAACUUGUGGGUCCCCGCCUGCCUCCUCCCCGCCGCCCGCGGAUCCUCUCCCGCGGCGCAUCCGCCCGCCCUCCGGGUCCUGCUCCCCCCCGCCCCGGGGCUCGGGGCCGGCCCGCCGGCUCCGGCUGGAAGAUUUCCCCGCUCGUUUCCCCUGGAGGGGUUUUGUCGGCAGCGGUGUACCGAGGGGAGGCUCCGUCCCUAAGGCACCCUGCCUCACCCUGCGGGGGAAGGGAGCUGGGUGGGGGCAAGCCAGGAAGGGAGGAUCUCAGUGGCUCUCCUAAAAUCUAUCAGCAGGCUGCGAGGAGGGAAGAGUUUGGCACUUCGCAGGCGAGGCUGGGCUUGUUUUCCCCAGCGGUGAUGCCGCUGGACUGAGAGUGGCGCGGCCGUGCAAGUUGGGGGGACGGAGCCCCCCCGCCUUUCGCCGCCCCCCGGACCCGGUCCAGCGCCUUCAGCCCCGGUGGCUCGUCCCCGUCGCCCCGCUAAAUGAGAGCUGGUCCGAAGACAGGGCGACUCGGCGCCUGCUAAGGGCUGCUCUCCGCCGCCCCCUCACCCCCCUCCCCGGACUUUCCCACCCGCGACGAGGAGCGGCGCGCACCCCCCAGCCCGGAGAGUUGUCUCGGCAGGCUCCGUGCUAUGGCGAGGCUGCGGAGAAGCAAACUAGCCGCUGGAUUUCUAUUACUUUUCCAGUGCCUGAGCGAGCGCUGCCAGCUCGCCGGCGGGGAGACGCCGAGGCAGAGCCGCGGUGUGUUUUAUGACGUUGUUCAGAGCUUCCCUCACGUGGAAGAAAAUGUGCUAAUGGCUUCACAUGUAAGCAGCCACAGGUGGAGAAGGCACUCAGAGUCUCUUAAAUCAGUCGACACCAACAGAGCCAGCAUGGGGCAGGAUUCUGUGGAGCCAGGGGGUUUCACGGACUUGCUGCUUGAAGAGGGACAUGACAACACCACACAGAUUGAGGAGGAUACAGAUCAUAAUUAUUAUACUUCAAGGACAUACGGUCCAUAUGAUUCUACCAGCCGGGAUUUGUGGGUCAAUAUAGACCAAAUGGAGAAAGACAAAGUAAAGAUUCAUGGGAUCCUUUCCAAUACCCAUCGGCAAGCAGCAAGAGUGAAUCUGUCCUUCGAUUUUCCAUUUUAUGGCCAUUUUCUACGUGAAAUUACUGUGGCAACUGGGGGUUUCAUAUAUACUGGAGAAGUUGUGCAUCGAAUGCUAACAGCUACACAAUAUAUUGCACCCUUAAUGGCAAAUUUUGACCCCAGUGUGUCAAGAAAUUCAACAGUCAGAUACUUUGAUAAUGGCACAGCACUAGUUGUCCAGUGGGACCAUGUACAUCUGCAGGAUAAUUACAACCUGGGCAGUUUCACUUUUCAGGCCACCCUUCUCAAUGAUGGGCGUAUCAUUUUCGGCUACAAAGAAAUUCCUGUUGCUGUGACACAGAUAAGUUCAACCAACCACCCAGUGAAAGUGGGACUCUCAGAUGCAUUUGUGGUUGUGCACAGGAUCCAGCAAAUUCCCAAUGUCCGUAGAAGAACAAUAUACGAGUACCACAGGGUGGAGCUACAGAUGUCAAAGAUUACCAAUCUCUCAGCUGUUGAAAUGAUACCUCUCCCAACUUGUCUCCAGUUUACCAGCUGUGGUCCCUGUGUCACUGCGCAGAUUGGUUUCAACUGCAGCUGGUGCAGUAAACUCCAAAGAUGCUCCAGUGGAUUUGACCGUCACCGGCAAGAUUGGGUAGACAGUGGCUGCCCUGAAGAGUCAAAAGAUAAGAUUUGUGAGAAGAAUAUAGACACAACUGAAACACCUCCAUACUCCAUCACCACCCUUCUGCCAACCACCACAAAGUUUAGAGUUUUAACGACCACCAGAGGAUCCACCACUUCUCACCUGCCGACUAGCCUGCCCACAGAAGAUGACACCAAGAUAGCACUGCACCUAAAAGAUAAUGGAGCUUCCACAGACGACAGUGCGGCGGAGAAGAAAGGUGGAACGCUUCAUGCCGGAUUAAUUGUUGGCAUUCUAGUCCUGGUCCUCAUUGUGGCUGCAGCCAUCCUCGUGACCGUCUAUAUGUAUCAUCAUCCAACGUCAGCAGCUAGUCUCUUCUUUAUAGAGCGACGUCCAAGCAGAUGGCCAGCAAUGAAAUUCAGAAGAGGAUCUGGACAUCCUGCCUAUGCUGAAGUGGAACCAGUUGGAGAAAAAGAAGGGUUCAUUGUAUCAGAGCAGUGCUAAAGUUUCUAGGACAGAACACCAGUACUGGCCUACAGGUGUAAGACAUUUACUUUGCCUCUCUUUAAAGAAAAGGAGCCCUAAGCUGCUGUAGCCUGAUAGAAAGAAGAUUUUGGAUAAGCUUUGUCCAAGAAGAAAAACUAUCUAUCUAAGAUACCAGAUUACCACUGCGCAGUAGUUUUUGUUAGUGGACUGAGACAAAAUGGUUCGUACAGAACAUUUGUCAGUGGACACCUACGGUAUCAGAACUAUGGCACAAGUGCCAUGUUAUUGGCUUUAGGUACGGGGAUGCACAGAAAUCAAAAAUAUAAUAAAGCUUUGGUGCACAAGGGUAUUACCCUUUGCUUCAAGUGUUCUUCUCUGGUAUCUCAAAGACUGAGUGACAAAUCUGUACCCUUUCAGUGCAAAGGGCACUGAUCAGUGUUCACAGGUGAUUGAGAAAAGUAUCUCAAUGCAGGUAAAGAAGAAAAAAAGGAAUUUUCCAGUACUUCUACAGGUGGAAUAGUGGAUGAAAUACACUCACUUUUCAAUUCUAAAUUAACCUACCCACCUAACUGAGCGAGUCACGGUGUAUAUGCUUUCCAGGAGUAGUACAAUGUUUCUUGCACAUUGCUGAUUACUUCUAAACAACUCACGAUACACAAAUUGGUAAGAAAUGAGGACAACAGAGAAUUUUCACAAUGAUGAAAUUAUUUUAUUUCAUGGGAGUUCACAGUGAAUUUGGGCUGAUUUUCAGUUUCAAUGUUCACUAACAAUUAAUAAUCAAUCAGGUUUGAUUCAAGGGUUAUCUUUCAUUUCUGUGCAGUAGGCUGAAGUAAAGGCAACAGAUCCUUUUAGCUGCCAGAGAUCUUGUGGACCAUUUCUUGGGCAACGUGAUAUGAGAAACAAGAUUUUAAACAAAUGCGUUUCUAUCCUUUGCCAUUUCAUUGUGAGUCCUUACUGAGAAGCACCAGACUUCAAUGCACCCCUUCCAGAGAUUCAGAUACAAGUGUUAUUGAACCCUGCUGAUUCAUACAGUGAUUUUGUUUAAUGCACAUAGUAGUUGCAUAAAUAUAUAUAAAAAUAUAUUUUUUUUUAUAGCUAACACAAGGCGGGCUCUUGUGACUGUUAAGACUGCAUUUUUGUCAUCCAGACAAAGGAAAUGGAUUGCAUUACUGCAUAUUUCCACUGAGUUGUAAAAUAAUCCUUAAUAUUAGAAUAUUUUUAUGUUGCGUAGGGAAGGUGGUUCAUGUAGUUGCAGUGCCAUAUCCUUUCUGCCUAUCGGAACCACUCUUUCUUUAAUAUCGACCCUUUCCCUCCCUGUAUAGGGAAAGACAAGACUAUAAAUUCACACCAUCAAAAACAGUUAUGCCUUUCAUGGGAGGGAUUAAUAUACACUGAGACCCAGAUCUUCCAUGAGGAGUUGGAACCUAAACGCUUUGAUGAUCUGGGCCUAAGCUAUUAAAAUUUUAAAUUCAGGUAUUGUAUGUACAUUUCAUCGUAGUCAUUGACUAUCAAAUUUUUUAAAUACUGUAUAAGGCACUUGAAUAAUUUUAAAGUGAGGUAUACAACAUUCGCAGUUUCGGAUCUCAAGCAGUUAAAAAAAGUUGUAGAUACCACCUCAGUAGUACAGUUAUUUACAAUUCUUGUUGAUGCUUGUAUGGUCUAAAUUUGAUUACUUAAUACUGUUUAAAAAAAAAAAAACAAACAUGAUUUUUACUUGUUAUUUUGUUCAGUAAAUAAUACAAUACUGUAUUUUCUGUAUUCUUUUAUUUUGUGUAACACACUUUUAUUUUCAUCCAUUUUAAAUCAUCUAGCGUGAGAUGGAAACUGCUCAAAACCUAACUGGUAUUAAUCUGAAGAUACUAACACAUUGUCUUGAAGCCUGGUGAAAAGCCUGUGGCAGGUAUUCAUUUCAAUUUGUCUGGGUCUGCUGAGCCCUGUUUCUAAUAGAAUGGGAUUAAAUUGCAGGCUGUUAAUUCCGAUAGCAAUAACCAAAUGUAUGCACAUAUAUAUCUGGUGACACUCAUUUUUAUUAAAUAAAAAGGUAUCAGUGCACAUCAUUUAGACACGUAUUAGUUUUUCUAGGAAUCUUGGAAGUCAUCAGCUAGGGUUCAUUGGCCAAAUGAAGCAAUCGUAGAGCUUCCAUUUGGAGCAUGAUGGAAUCCUGUUUCAAAUAAUUUUUAUUUCAGAGCACAUCUUGGCAAAUUAUACUAAGAAAUUUUCAAAAAUCUACACGGUACUGCAAUAAAUUCAAGGGAUGUUUCAUAUAAGUGAAGAAGAUUUAUAUUAUUAUGGGUUUACAGAUCUGCACUUUGGCUGAUUCAUUCCCAUUUUUCAUGUUUUUACCCGUGUAUGUAAUACAUGUAAUUCAAUGGAACUCUCAGAAUGUUUGUAACGUGAUUAGAAAAACACAACAAUUUUAAAAUCCAGUAUUUUGAUUACUUUUGUUUUAAGGCCCUCUUGCACAGCUGAAGGAUGUUUAUUAGUAUUUGCAAACUAACUUAAAUUUCAUACUCCUUCAUUAAAUAAUAGCAAUUAUUUUUUUUAUCCUCUGAUCACCAGCUGUCGUAAUUUGGUGGAAGAUUUCACUGGUCUUUGGGGAGCAUCAUAGUGUACUUGUUUUGAUUUUUGCCAUGAUGUUAUAUGCUAUGGAUUAUAACACGAUGAGUCGCUGGGUUUAUUUAAUAAGACUGAUAGGCAUAUGCUUAUGUCUGAUAAGAACAGAUAUCUGAAGAGAAAACCUUCUGCAUACUAAUGGAUGUAUAGUGUCUCAUUGGUGUCUGCUUUGAUAUAUUCUGUGGUAUGUUCUAUUUAUCCCAGUAGGCAAAAGUUAAUUAAGUAAUCUGUUGCUGUUUUGUAAUUCCAUCUAGUUUUCUAAUUUUUUAAUAAUUAAAAUUGCCACAUUAAAAAUUAUACAAAUAUUAA